AAACAGGUAGUUAGUUAGCUUUCAGUACGGUUUGAUGCUUAAGUGGAAUGCGCACAAAUAAUGACACGAUGGUGAUUCGGUGUUAAUUCAUUUGAAAAGUGUUUUAGUGAGAUGACUAACCAGUUUACUUUUUACAAUAUAUUAUUUAAACGAGGCUUUUCUAAACCCAAUGAACUCAAUUGGACCAAUCCCUAUAUAAUGUCCUCAGCCAUAUGUCAAAACUUCGUACAAAACGCUUGGAAGAAAGAAUUAUGCUCCAAUUGUUUCAAAUCCAAAGAUGAACACCAAGAAAAACCUAAACCAAAACCAGUUCAACUGAUACCGAGCGAUAAAGUUGAAGGAAUUAUUAAAAACGGCAAAACAUCUAAAUCAAAACAGUCUGUUUGCUUCCAUAAGGAAUUAACUAAAAUUAUAGGAUACGGAGGCGAAGAUUGGUGCUCCGAUACCGAAGAUAAUGUCGAUAAUGAAAGUAGCGAAGACGACAUUAUCUUGGAUUCAGAUGAUGACGAUUCUUAUAAAGAAUUACAAAGAAUUACUAAAGAAAAUACCGAUUUCAAUACGGUAUCUUUAAAAGAUACCGAAGUUAAGAAAUCUUAUACUCAAUUACUUCUAGGCAAACCAUUGAUCGAUGCUUCCGGUAAGAAACAAACAUUACUUGUAUCCGUAACUCCAUUCGGUGAAGAUUCAUCAACCGCAGUCAAAAAAUUGAUUACCAAGAAUUUGUCUCAUAUACCCAUAGCUAAAAAUAACAAAGAAAUAAUUGCCGAAAACAAAACUAACGUUGUUCUCACUUCAUAUACCAAAAACGAGGAAGAAAAGACAACGAAUGAAGAGAAAUCGUUGUUGGAUGAAAUAUCUGAAACUUUGGAAAAUAGUAAAAACCCCAUACAAAUUAUGGGAAAUAAAAGAGCUCAAAAACAAGUACACAUUAACGUCGCGGAUUCAAAUAAAGAAAAUAUAGAAACCAUUAAUAAUGAAGUAGAAAAUGAAGAAGAGAAUAUGACAAAUAAAAUUUUAGUAUCAGAGAAAAAGAUAAAUUUAUGUCGAACUCCAGCGUUAAAGAAAGACGUCGAAAAACCAGUAAUUUAUCAAACUUCAACAGCUAAAAUCGAAUUGAUAAACGCGAAGAAUCUUAAAAUUAAUAAAGAAAAUAUUAAUAACGCUAAAGUUAAAAGCAGUGAAAAAAUAAUAACAACAACAACAACAGAUCCAAAGAAAGAUAUAAUAACCACUACUAAUUUUAUUAAAGCAGAAAUUUUGCAUUCCAAAGCAAAUAAUCCUGCUACUAAAAUCAUUAAAGACGAAAUUAACACCAACGUGGCAAAUUCCAUAGAAAAAACUAAUGAUAGUAAUACACAGCCACCACCUCUUCCAGUUAAAUAUAUACCUUUCUCGCAAACACGUGAACAAGCUGGUAAACCCGACGGUAGCGAGGAUCCCGUUUCCACGGAACUACCUCCUCUACCUAGAACACCACCGCCUCCAAUAUUAGAAUCACAAACUUCCUUUUUACACGGUAUAUCACCUCCUAUAUACGAAAAACCUAAAAUACCUUCCAAACCAACCGGAGUGAUAUUAAGAAAAUCCAUUAACAACUCCCCGGUUCUAACUGUAUAUACAAAACCAAAUGAAAAACCAUCAUUGGUAAGACAAGAUUCCAAUGAUUCCGAAUUAAAAUCUAACAAGAGAAAAGCGCCGUUACCUCCAGAAGAGACUUAUUCGAGAACAUCCAGCGGAGACUCGACUAAAGAUGACGAUCCUAUUUACGUAUCAGCCGAGGUACUAUCGAGAAAGUCGCUUUCCACGGAUUGUUUAGCGGUAGAAGAUAAAAGAAAAGAGAAAAAUAAAGCUAGAUUCUCGUUGAAGAAAUUCCUCCGAAUGGGUUCGAAUAAAGAUAUAUCGAAAUUGAACCCCGAACUUUCUAUGAAGCAAGAAGAUUACAAACUCCAACCGAAACCACGAUUGGUAAUAGUACAUCCCAGCGAACUGAACGGAACUAAAAUUGAAGUUGUAUCUAAACCGAUUUUAGACCAAACGCUAGGUCACGAAUAUAGCACCCCAACCGGUGAUUACGAAACGUACAACUCAUCUUCAUCCAAGGCGUCUAAACCGCCACCACCUCCAAGAAACUUCACCGAGAACAAUACUAACAACAAACCGAAUUUACCUACACCACCGAAAUCCGUGGAAAUUUUAAACAAACAAAGACAAUUGAAUCGAAACAAUUCAAAUAAUAAAAAACAAGAAACUGUUUAUGCUAAUAUAGGAGAAGUCAGGUCUUCCAUAGUACCUAAUAAACCCGUCAGAACGGCUAGUAUGCGAGAAAGAGAAGCCGCUUUACAACAAAAACAGAUAGAGAGAAAAUUAGCUCAUAAUUACGAACCGAUCGAUAUAAGAAAAGAGACGGAAAACGUUUACGAUUAUAUCAAUUCAACGAGAUCUAGUUCGCCAGAAUCCGAAAAGGGUAGUCCGAAAAGUAAAACUAUUAGAUUGGGUAAACGAUCCGAGAGCAGCAUAGACGUUUCUUCCGAGUACUACAAGUAUGGUAACAUACCUAGGAGUAUGUCUUUAACGUAUUGUGGUAGCGAGACAGAAUCGGAGAUUUAUUCCCCGUAUAGUUUCUACGGAAGCGAAUCUGAGGUGACUGAAGAUGACCAUGAUUGGAUCCAGAACGGUCGUACGCAUAAAUUAAGAUCGAGAAAGGGUAGAAGUAUAGUUCAUAAGAAUCUCGAAGACAAUUAUGGGGCUGUUGUGGUUGCUAAUCACGAAGCUUUGGCACAAGUACUGGAAAAUAUUCAACAAAUAAAUCACAUUCAACCAGCACUCAGAGGAUUGAAAACAGUAUCGAAUUUGAGAUGGACUGAUUUUUCUAUUAAAUCCACCACGCAACCAGUCCUCGUCGGUACAAGAGUAUUCCAUCAAGCAUUAUGGGGUACACACCAUGUGACUCUAUCGGUAACGGCAGGUACUACUACAUCUAGCACCAUGCCAUUGGGUACUUUCAAUUUAACACCGAUUAUUGAAUUUAGUGAUCUUAUUCCUAGCAUUUAUUUAACUCAAACGGAUACUAGUAAAGAGGACGAUAAUAAGCAAAUACAAGCAACUGCUCAAGUGUUACCAUAUCUUCAAAUCAAUACUAUACAAACUUACGGUGAAGUCUUGAGGACUAAAUCCCAAGAAGAAAGUUGGAGAGAUUCAAACUUUGUAAUGCUGCAAUUAGUUAAUGCACUGAAAACGAUACAAGCACAAGGAAUCGAAGAAGUACCCUUAUCUUUACAUACAUUCGUGCUAUGCAAAGAUAUGGAUAAAGAAGGUCACCAUAGACUUUGUGUUCUACAAGGCAUACCGAUGGAUGUGGCUACAAAAACCAAUCAAGAAAAACACGGCACGCUGUGUACGUGUGCUUUGAAAGCUCUGAACCUUCUGCAGCCGUCUCCCAAAAUAACGCCGCUACUACAAUCGUUACUUAGCAACGAACGCGCUGUUUCAUUGACGCAAGUAAAAAGCGUUCUCGAAUUUUCAUUAUGGGGACCAUCGGACGUUUCGUUGGGGAGUACAAUUAAAGAGAGAGAACUGGCGCUACAGAGAUGGUUGGAUUUGCAACGAGCUACUGUUCUGCACGGAUUAGUGUGUACUAGAGUACAACUGACGGUUUACGAAGAAUGUCAUUUGUUAUUUUUGGUUAGAUCGAAUGCAAGAAUGAUGUGCGAUGCUUCUUUAUUAAUAGAAUCUAGUAACUUGAAACAUUCUGUGGGUUUCAAUCAAAACAGAAUGGAGAAAUGUUUGGGUGCAUAAGUUUUGUUUUUCUCAUUGUAUAUAUCCGUUUAAUUUGUGUUUUGAUAAGGUAUUGUAUGUAGUGAUACAGUCGAUAAAAUGAAGUAACCAUCUUUAACAUUUAAUCAAACCGUAUGUCGAACUCAGUCUACUUCAAUUGUUAUAUUUCUAUAUUAUUUUGUAUAUGCUAACUAUUGCUCUAUUAAGUUUCACAUUAACAUUUGAACGUUCCUUUCUUUCAUUUUUUAUUAGGUUCUCUAUGGCCAUUUAAUUAAUAUUUUACUAUCCUAAAAUGUUUAUCAAAUUAUCUAUUAUGUAAAAUAGAAAUACCAAAAAAAAAUUUACAGAAAAAUUUAAAGUAUAUGGAAUAAUGAAUUUGAACAAAAAUCGGAGUCCAAAGAUAAAUCACUAGAAGUAUGGUAAAAUUAUUGAAAGAUCCAAAACCAAUAAGAUACGAAUUGGGACAAAUAAUAGACAAAGUAAUCGAAUUUUGUUGGUAUAUGUUUAGACGCCAAAUUUCCCUGUUAUUACCUUCUAUCUCUUUAAAUCAGAACCCUAUUCGUUCUGAUGUACUGUUUCAAUGAAUACAUUUGAAUAUAUUAUAAAGAACCAUGUUUUAAAUAAUUUCAAUAGUUCUAGCACAUUGUUCUAUUAUUUCACCUUCUCGAUACAUCAUAUCCACUAGCUGUUACAUCUACACAUCUACAUUUCCUCAAUUUUACAUCUGCUUUUAUUCCUUCAAUGUUUUUGUUCAGCAUUCUUCUGUCAGUUUGUUGAUUUUGUGUUUUCCUUACCUAUUCUAGAUUACCAAAUAGAUCUGAGAGAAAGUAGUUUAAAUGUACUAUUCUAUAACCUAACCUUCAAGUAAUUACCAUCGUCUAGAUCUGAAAGAUCUUGAGUUUCCUUUCACUUCCCUGUUAUAACAUGGUAUUUCCUUAAAUUAGUUCGAAUGUACUAUUUCCAUGAUCACAUUGGAUUAUAUUGAAUUGUAUCAUUCACUAGCACAUUGAGUCGUAUAUAUUCAAUCAAUUUUACACUUUUUUCUAUUAGUUCGCCUUCUCCAUACAAAGUAUCCACUUCCUGCUAUUUCUACUUUUCGUCCUAUAGCUUCUCCCUGGCUCUAGUAUAUUUUAUUUCCAUCUAAGAACAUGUCCUAAGUACCAUAUUGUCUUUAUCAACUAACAAAUUUCUGAUUUCCCUUAUAAUUUCCACAAUUCUAUAUCUGCUCAUAUUCUCUGCUUUUUACUUCUAAUCCUUCAAGGAUUAUUUUAAGCAUUUAUUUACCAAUUUGUUGAUUUUUUGUGUUUGAUACCUACUAGUAAUUACCAUUGUCUAGAUCUGAGAGAUCUUGCGUUUCCUUUCAUUUUUCUGUUAUGACAUGUUACCUCCUUAAAGUAGUUCAAAUGCACUGUUUCAAAGAAUACAUUCGAAUAUAUCUAUUUGUAUUAUUAACCAGUACUUUGAUUCUUUUAUCACCAUGGUUUCAAGUCAAGUUUGCCUUCUCAAUUCAUAUUAUACACAUCCUGUUAAGUCUACAUUGCCUCCUAUAGCCUGUUCCUGAUUUAAGCAUAUCCUUUAUUCAUUUAACAACCUGUCCUAACCACAGUAGUUUAACUGUUUCAAUCAACUGAUUAAUUUCUGAUUUCCGAAGUUCCUCAAUUCUAUAUCUGCUUUCUACAUCUAAUUCUUCAAGGAUUAUAUCAAGCAUUCUUUUUGCCAAUUUUUUGAUUUUUUACAUACAAGUAAUUACCAUCGUCUAGCUCUGAGAGAUCUUAAGUUUCCUUUCAUUCCCCUUAUGACAUGAUAUCUCCUUAAAGUAGUUCAAAUAUACUGUUUCGAUGAACACAUUGAUUAUUUCAUUUCACCAGCACUUUGAGUCUCAAAGAACUAAAUCUUCAAUCAAUUCUCCACGUUUUUUAUCAGUUCACCUUCUCGAUACAAAGUAUCCUCUGCCUGCUAUUUCUACUUUUCGUCCUAUAGCUUCUUCCUGGCUCUAGCAUAUUUUAUUUACAUCUAACAAUAUGUCCUAAGCACCAGAUUGUCUACACCAACUAACCAAUUUCUGAUUUCCCUUAUAAUUUCCUCAAUUCUAUAUCUGCUCAUAUUCUCUGCUUUCUGCUUCUACUUCUACAAAGAUUUUCUUAAGCUUUUUUUGUACUAAUUUGCUAGUUUUGUUUUCUUCUUUAACCUGCUUGGUUUUGAUUUUUAUUUUGUUUAGAUUUGACACUCCUGUUUGUUUAUUCAAUUCUCAUUAAUACAAAAAAUUAUUUAAAUAAGUAAAAUUUACAUCUAAAAUUCAUUUCUUUUUAUCAUUCUCUCGCACAUUGAGAUUUGUUGAAAAAAUUGCUGAUAAACAACAAACUUUUUCGACGUUUUGAUGUUUUGAUUUCAACUUCCACUUUUAAUUGAUAUGUUUUAGCAUUCAUCCUUCAUAUUUAUAUGGUUCAUGACAAUAUUAUUUAUUCUGAUGAAGUUAGCACCAUCUAACAUUAAAAAAAAGGCACAAUUAACACAGGCACAUCACUAUAAUAAUGAAUUACCAUCCAAAAGUAGUACUACAAAUAUGACAUUAUUUCCUUUUGCCUCAUUAUGGUCAACUUAAUUCUAAACCGAAAAUAAAAAAUCAUCUGAAUGAACCGUCUAUAAAACAGUGUGGUUUCUAUUUGAAACAUCCUGAAUUCUUAACAGGGAACUUCCAGGAUAUGUAUAAAAACAUUCACUAUAACCAAAUUACUUAAUCAAAAUGUUAAAGUAAAGAAAAUUAGAUUGUCAUCUGCGUGAACCUUCUAUAAAAUAGAUGGAUUGUGGUUUCCAAUAGGACAAUCUUUGGAACACAGACCUUUUAAUAUAUUUGAAAAACACUCAUGUAUUUUUACCACCAAAGCACUUGUGUAAUGUGAGUAGGCUAAAGAACAGGAGAUGGUCAUAUGCGUGAACCGUCUUUAAACUAAGUGGUUUGUGGUUUCUAAUAAGAUAACCUUGGAGACCUUUUAGCAGAGUACCUCUAGGAUAUGUUUGAAAAACACUCAUGUAAUUCUACAACCAAAUUUUUCAUUCAAAAUGUUGUGGUGGUAAGUAAAAUGAAAUUGUCAUCUGCGCGAACUGUAUAAAAAAUAAAUGGUUUGUGCUUGUUAGACUGAAUGAAAAAUUCAUCUGUAUGAACCGUAAUGUGUGAUUUCUAAUAGAAUAACCUUGGAAUGCAGACCUCUUUACAGGGAACCUUUAAUAUUACUUGAAAAACAUAAAUGUAGUUUUACCAACCUACUUGUGAAAUUUAAGUGAGCUAAAGAAAAGGAGAGUAUCAUCUGCGUGAACCGUCUAUAAAAAAUAAGUUAUUGUGCUUGGUAUCCUAAUACAAACCUCUUAGUUCCAAUCAGGAAUAGCUUUCCAGUAGUAAAAAAUGUUUCUACUAUUAUAUAUUUCAAAGAGGCUUGUAUCAAAUAAUGAUUUAUGAGGCCUUUCGGUACUUUUUUGUAAUAUUAUAACCUAAUCAGGAUAUUAAAGUGAUUACUUUGAAAGGUAGUUACUGCCCAUAAGUGGUGGUGUAGCGAUUUUACAAAUUAUUAUAUUUUUGUUUAGUCUUUGAAUGAUUUACAUCACAAUAUAGAGUAUAUAUAUAUAUAUAUAUAUAUAUAUAUAUAUAUAUAUAUAUAUAUAUAUACAUAUAUAUAUAUAAAUCUUUGAAACGUUCUGAAUUAAUCAUUGUUAGCAUAAUUUAUAUAAAUAUAUUCUCUUUGAAAAUUUGUUUAUGUACUGUUAAAGUUGUAAAUAUAUCAUGAUUGUCUCUCUACUGCCAAUUUAUAAAAUAUUUUAUAUCGAUUGUUGUAAUCAUUCUAGUACAUUUUUAAAUAUAUUUAUUGGUUAUAUA